AUGUGGGAGAUGGACGCGCUGCUCUACUGCGCGGUUGUCGCGCUGGCGCUUCAGUGCGUCUGCUGUGGCUGCUCCGCGAUCAACCUUGAAGGCUCAGCGCUGCUCAAGUUCCAGUCUAGGGUGGAGGAGGAUCCGCAUGGCGCCAUGGCAGGCUGGAGCGCGCGGGACGCCGACCCUUGCGGUUGGAACGGCGUCCGCUGCGCCGAUGACAGGGUUGUGAUGCUGAACCUAAAAGAUCUCUCAUUAAGAGGUACCCUGGGUCCAGAACUAGGAGGUCUUAGUCAUCUGCAGGCUCUUAUAUUAUCCAACAACUUGUUUAGUGGACUGAUACCUAAGGAAAUUGGUGGUCUCGCAACGUUGGAGAUAUUGGACCUAAGCAAUAACAACUUGACUGGGGAAGUUCCACAGAAGAUAGCAGAAAUGGCAUCACUCAAGCAUUUAUUGCUUUCCAACAACAGAUUUCAGUGGCCCGUGGUCCAAAAUUCCCAUGGGAACUUUGAUCAGGAAACUGAUUUCGACAUCUAUGAUCAUCUCGGGAGGGGUAUUUUGAAUCAAAGAGCUGAUGAUGGGUUCGAGUCUGGUUCUUCCACAGAGGAGAAAAAAAGAGACACCAGCAAUCUCUCCGCACGUCUUCCUACACAAAUUGCAGCAAGAAACCCAGCUGCACAGGUUAGUAGGCGCAGACUACUUCAGGAUAGCAAUCUUGCGGCGGCUCCUUUCGCAAAUGCUCCUCUUCCACCCUCAGUUUCUGUUCCUUCUACGGGGAGUGGAUCGUUUUCAGCAUUUAGUCCCAAAGCACCCGCACCUGCUGUAAAUCCUCCAGUUACUCCACCCAAGUCUUCUGAUACUCCUUCGGAAGCAGGGUCAACAAGAUCUAUGAAGUGGUUGUAUGCAAUUGUGAUUCCAUCAAUUGCUCUGUUGCUUAUUAUCAUUGCAUGCAUGCUUUUGCUAUGCCGCAAUAAGUCGGUGGCAACAAUAGGUCCAUGGAAGACUGGACUCAGUGGCCAGCUGCAGAAGGCAUUUGUGACAGGAGUACCCAAGUUGCAACGCUCAGAGCUGGAAGGUGCUUGUGAGGACUUCAGUAACAUUGUGGCAAGCUAUCCACACUACACCGUCUACAAGGGAACCUUAUCAAGUGGAGUUGAGAUAGCAGUUGUAUCAACUGUGCUUGCGUCCAGCAAAGAUUGGUCAAAGCAUUCCGAGGGGAGAUUCCGGAAAAAGAUAGACUCGCUCUCACGAAUUAAUCAUAAGAACUUCAUCAACUUGCUUGGAUACUGCGAGGAGGAGGAGCCUUUCAUGAGGAUGAUGGUGUUAGAAUACGCAGCCAAUGGGACACUCUAUGAGCAUCUCCACGUUGAUGGAUUUGAUCAUAUUGAUUGGAAUGGUAGGAUGAGAGUAAUUAUGGGAGUAGCAUACUGCAUGCAAUACAUGCAUGAGCUCAACCCUUGUAUAACACACCCUGGCCUACAGUCAAGUGCCAUAUUAUUAUCCGAGGAUGGAGCUGCAAAGAUAGCCGACAUGAGUGUUUGGCAAGAAGUAAUUUCCAAAGAAAAGAUGCCCAAGAAUGACGACGCCAGUGAGCACCAUGAGCCAAUACGUGCUGAUCCAGCUGGGAAUGUAUGUAGUUUUGGUCUACUCAUGCUGGAAAUCAUAUCAGGAAAGCCUCCAGAUUCUGAACACGAGGGCUCUCUUGCGAACUUAGCUAUGGAGUGCAUUAAGGAUGACCGGAGUAUAUCCUGUUUGCUUGACCCUACCUUGACGACUCACAAAGAAAACGAUCUAGAUAUCAUUUGCGAGUUGAUCGAGGACUGCAUCCAGAGUGAUCCGAAAAAGAGACCAAGUAUGAGAGAGGUCACCGCUAAAUUGCGAGAAGUGCUAUCGAUUUCACCAGAGGCAGCAACGCCGAGGUUAUCUCCGCUUUGGUGGGCAGAGCUUGAGAUACUUUCAGUUGAAUCCUAG